AUGGCCAGUUUAGACGUUGAAGCCUUGCUCGACGCUACUGCGAAGAGCGCAGAGGAGCCUAAACCAUCUGCUGAAGAGACUUCCAGAAACGAGCGACCAGACCGCAGAGACUCUGACCGCGACCGUGAUCGCGACCGCGACCAUGAUCGUCGCCGGAGAGACCGCCGCGAUGCCAGCCCGCUCAGCAAAAGUCGACGAGGAACUCCUGAUGACGCCCGACUGCGAACUCGUGAGUUGAAGGAGUUCUUUGAAAAAGUUGGUCCUGUCACGGAAGCGCAGAUCGUCAAAGAUCGCAUUAGCGGGCGAUCAAAAGGAGUCGGCUAUGUCGAGUUCAAAGACGAAGACUCGGUAACCGCCGCCCUUCAGCUUACUGGACAGAAACUACUAGGUAUUCCUGUUAUCGUUCAAGUAACGGAGGCAGAGAAGAAUAGGCAGGCUCGUACCACGGAACCGGGUGGCUCACACCCCAACCACGUCCCUUUCCAUCGCCUAUAUGUCGGCAACAUUCACUUCAAUGUCAACGAGGAAGACCUACAAGCUGUUUUUGAGCCCUUUGGCGAACUCGAAUUUGUUCAGCUUCAGAAGGACGAUGCCAACCGCAGCCGUGGCUAUGGCUUUGUACAGUUCCUCGAUGCAGGACAGGCUCGUGAGGCCUUGGAGAAGAUGAAUGGCUUUGACUUGGCCGGACGUCCUAUCCGAGUCGGCCUCGGAAAUGAUAAGUUUACCCCCGAAAGCACAGCAAACAUGCUUCAACGGUUUUCGGGACAGAAUUCUUCCAAGCAACAGGGCUCUUCCUUUUCAGGAUCCGGUGGCCGCGGAGGACAGAAUUCGAACUUCGAUCGAGCCGGCGCUCGAGACAACGAAAAGACGGGCGGCGCUAGCGCCCUCGACGACACCGAUGUCGGUGGUGUGAAUUUUAACAAUUAUAGUCGCGAUGCUUUGAUGCGAAAGCUUGCUAGAACGGACGAGUCAACCAAGAGCUCUGAUGAGCGGCCGGUGCUGAAGCCUAGAACCGAGAAGAAGCCACUCCCAAUGAACGUCAACACUGCGAGCCGCUGUGUUGUCCUUCACAACAUGUUUGAUCCCAAUGAGGAGGAAGGUGAAAACUGGGUCAAAGACCUUGAAGAUGACGUGCGCCAAGAAGCCGAGCGAAAGUACGGCCACGUUGUGCACAUCUCCGUUGACCCCAAUUCCAAAGGCGACAUAUACCUCAAGUUCGACAAGGUUCAGGGUGGUGAGAACGCUAUACGCGGCCUCAACGGCAGAUACUUUGGUGGGCGCAUGAUCGACGCGUCUCCUGUUGUAGACGCAGUCUACAGCAGAUCCGACAAACUGAGAGCCAGCGGCUGGCCUCCCUCCUCGCCCCAACCAAGCGCAGCAGCUAUUCUCAGCUCGAGCACACAGGACCGCCAAUUCAAGCUCCUGCCCCCUCAGGAGCCGCAAUAG